GGGAAGAAAUGAGGUUACGAGAGAAAGGUGACCGCGGAAAAGUCGAUAAUUCUUGGAGUGUGUCAAGAAUUUUAGGUUUUGCAUAAAAAUGCAAAUAUGCAAAAGCGUAGAAGAUGAAGUAAUUUUUUAAAAACAGUGCCGUUUUCAAUACUGGCUUUGUGGUAGGAAUUUAGCUUACCGGUCAGUGCAAUGUCACCAAAUGCUGUGAUCAUACUGCUGGCAGUGGCCUCACACAGUGUGGAAGGUAUCCAUCAGGCUGUCCACCCCAAAUUUGGCAUCUCUGGAGAUGUACAGAACUGGGCCACACUCAUACAGAAUUAUAUUCUUCAGCUUGCCAGUGAUGGUAUAAAGAGAGAUGUCACACAGUCUUUAUUUGAUACAGCAACUUAUGUCUUGGAAAAGAAAGAUGGCAAUGAAGUGGUGAGGCAAGUCAGUGAGAGGUUGGGAGAUUAUUUCAGUGUAAAGAAACAAGCAGCACAGGACCUAGCUGACAAAGUAAGAGAUUUGCAUGAUUCCUGGCUACUAAGGAAUCGUUCAGUUGCAGAUAAACUGACACAGCUGGGUACAGAUGUAUUCAGGGACAGUGACAUUCCAUCUAGACUUCCACAAGAUCUGGAGUUUAGUGCAUAUUUCAAACAACCAGUAAGUUUUAACCAUUCCACAGUCAAGAUCUCCGAUGAGGUCCCAAGAGAUGACUACUUGGUGAUAAAUACUGUCAAUUUCACCAACGGGUUGGAAGAAUUAUUCAAAGAAAAUGCAAAGAAGGAUCGCUUUCUUAGGUGGCAGUAUUUUGGUUCCUAUGCUGGUCUGGUAAGGCUGUAUCCAGGCAGGGAGUGGGGCACCAACUUUGCUGGGUUUUACAAUGACUAUGACCCCAGAGUCCGACCCUGGUACAUAGCUGCUACCAGUGGGCCUAAGGAUGUUGUUAUUAUUCUUGACUGCAGUAAGUCAAUGGAUGGAGAGAAGUUUCGUAUCACCAAGUCCAUAGCCAAGGCGGUGAUCAAUACUCUGACCCGGCAGGACUAUGUCAAUGUGGUCUGUGCUAGAGCUAGUCACUGGGAUGAGGUGGGAAAGUGGCACCACUUCCGUACUCAGGUGCUCAGUUGUCAGGCCAACAGAAUGGUGCCAGCCACCAAUGCUCACAGGAAGGAUCUCAUUGAGAAGAUAUAUGCACUUGAGGCUGGGGGCACCAGUGAACUGGAGAAAGGCUUUGAAAUGGCCUUUGACCUGUUGAAUGGGAAGGCCAGAACAGGUUGCCAGUCCAUCCUGGUGUUUGUGACUGACGGCAAGGAUACAGAUGGUGAAAAUGUCAGGUGUGGACCAGGUUACUAUACCAGAAGUGGCUAUGUGCCAGGGCCUAUAUGUAAAUAUAACUGGACUAAGGUGUGGGACACUGUCAAGAAUGAAAACCAGCAGAUGACACCUAAGGCCAGAAUAUUUAGCUACCUGACCAAAGAAGAUGGUGAAAUCUUCCCAGGGAAACUUGCCUGUGAACACAGGGGAAGUAUGAAGAGGAUAGACAGUGGAGAAAAUCUUAUCUCAAAGAUGAGCAAUUAUUUCAACUUCCUCUCCUCUAACGCAAUGAAUACCAAGGGUCUGUGGACAUCCCCAUAUUUGGAUGCUUGGGGACUGGGGCUACUGGUAUCCUAUGUUAUACCAGUAGUCAGCAACAUCACUGGGAAUACCAUAGGGGUGGUGGGAGUGGAUGCUACUAUAGAAGACCUUGAGAAUGUGCUGAAGAGAUAUCAGUGGGGCUCUGUGUACUCAUUCUUGAUCAACAAAGAGGGAGAAACAAUAUUUCAUCCCUUCCUCAAACCAAGCACCAAUCUCCUGGAUGACCCCAUCUUUAUCCCCAUCUCUCAGCUGGAGCAGGACAAGGAGGGGCACCCUACGGAGUUCUCCAAGGUCCUCUCUGAGAUGGUCCAGGGGGAAACGGGACAUCUCAGGAUUGAGAACGGCAGACGGGGAUCACCCAAGGGCGAUUUCAGGGCAGGAAUCAAAUAUGAGAUCAUGCCUUCAACAUAUUACUAUGGUGCUCUGAAUGAUUCAGAAUACUCCUUUGCCUUCAGUCUGGCUGACACUGAUCAGGAAUUCAGAAGAUCUCAGGAGCCAGUAGACAAGACCCGUUUUCAUGCUCCAGUGAAUAAAAGCUACUUCAACCUUCUCAUUGAAUACAACAGUACCGUGGCUCGGAGAGAAGUUCCAGGUGCAUUUGAGUACCUCGAAGUCAAAUAUAACGAACCUAAAUAUCCAGGCUUACGAGUCACUUAUCUCCACUCCAGUAUAUUCCUGGCACCAAAGUGUUAUUGUGAUCCAAACAAGUACUUUUAUAAUGAUGACUUGGCACAGAAGACAGUGGAUGCUCAUCUGUGGAUGAACAGCGUGGAUGAGGAGAUGCCAGGAUGUGAAAAUAUGGAAAAUGGAAAAUAUGAGAAGGGUCUAAGAGCUGAUGUCCUGAUCACACAGCCUAUAGAGGCGCACUGGAGGAACAGGUCAUUUGAUUCUCUCAAUGAAGUGAAGUGGACAUAUGUAGGAAUGAGGACAGGGGUAUUCAGGACAUACCCAGGUCACAGGUCAACUAGGACAUAUGACCCCUCACAGCGUCCUUGGUUCUUCCGUGCCAAGUCCACCCCUGACAAGACGUCCAUCUCCACCCCGUACAUGGAUGCCGCAGGAGUGGGGAAGAUUGUAACUAUAUCGCAGGCAGUGUUUGAAGGCAUGACACCAAGAACCACAGAGAACUGCCAGAAUUAUUCCAAAACUGGGCCCUGGCCAGGCGGCUGUGUGUGUGACUCCGAUUCUGAUUGUAUUGUAGGAAGGUGCUACCUGAGCAAGGCCCCAGGUCAUAACCGAGAGCGUCGUCGCUGCGCCACAGAGCGUGUGGAGGCUAUCACGUGCCUGGACAUACUGUACAAUGACUUCCACAAGAACACCAUGGCUAUCAUGCAGGCCAGCGAUGGCAUCAAGUCGUGUGGGAUGAAGUAUGACUGUCCUGAUGGAGAGCCUGACUGUGAAACUAGAUGUUACUUGUUUGAUGACAGAGCAAACCUCAUAGCUGACCCUGACUUCCUGAAUGCCAGCAGCCUGGAUACCAGCAAGUAUAAGGGAGUGACAAUGGGGAAGAAACAAGGAGAAAUCAUGAGAGAGCUGAUUUAUAAGCAUGGUUUUUUCCAGCGGAAAGAAUCUCUAGACUUCCAGGGUUCCUGCAGUAUAUCGCCUUAUGCUCCCAAGGUCACAUUAGAAGGCACUCCCACCAAUCCAGAGGAACAGGACAACUAUUACAAGAACAAAGGCCCUAUCCCAAAGUUUUCCAACACAUAUGGCUGUAUUCAGGAUGUGGUCAGCUUUGAGGCAAACUCUUCUGCAUUAGGUCCAAGUCACAUGAUAACAGGCAAUGUGUCAGGUCCGUGUAUGUCUGGCUUCUACUAUGUGACAGAACUGCCUAAGACCAAUCUGUUUCUGCUGGUAAUUGAAGACUUCAAGGAAUACACUGAAACCAUCUUUUUUAAUUUCAACUGCAAAAUAGCAAGGAGUGUGGUCAACUCUGGAGCCUACAGGAUCAUCAAUGGCACCUGUGCUCACCAGGACGCGGCAGAGACCACCCUGGCAGACCAGGGGGUGUGUCCAGCACUGAGGGACAUAGAGAUCCCAUGUACCUAUACCACAGCCACUCACACACAGGUCUCUUCAUGUGUUAUGACACUACUGCUGGUGGUAGCUGUGUAUGUUAUCCAGCACUAGGAAGGGGGGUGUCCAGUGAUGAGAAGUAUGGAAGUCCUAGGCACUGACAAUACUGCCAAUCUCCAAAAGGCCUCAGUUGUGUUCAUAAGAGUCAGGCCAUGGUGCAUUAUAGAGAAAUAAAUAAUAUUGUAUAAUGUUCAUGUAGCUCAGUUGAAAAGUGCAGCAGUUUAAGCAGGUGUUCCAUGUUAGUUCCUCAGUAUGGAAUGGAGGUUUUACAAUUACAGGACUUUUCAUAGUGCCAGUUUUCAUAUGCUAGUUUAUUAGAGCCGGCAGAACGUAAAAUAAUUGAACUUGUUCUUGGCACUUCUAAUAAAUGUUGGUGAAGUACAUGUAUGUUGAUCAGUGUUUAUAAAUGUUUAUGAUCAUGUUAAAUAUUUAUGGUAAGUUUUUACAGAUUUAAACAUAUCUCAAUAUUUCAAUUUGGACAUAUCCCAAUAUUUCAAGUUAAAGUGCAAUACUCAAUCGAUUUUUUUUACGUGACUGUAUUUUGGUCUCAGUUUCUAUCAUUACAAAUAUUCAUAUUACAGAACAUGUAUAUUAGAUUCGUUUAUUUUGUUUAUUAUCUUACUCACACACACAAAUAGUUUUUCAUAAUUAUAUAAGGAUGUUAGUAUAGCUUUUUAAACCA